CAUCCUGUUCUACAGUCUUGAACUGUUGAUAAGGAAAUGUGGCAUGUGUCAGGUUAGAUGCUUUAAUGAUCAAGGGGUUAUGCAAAAUGGGAGGGGAUAGAUAUCUGAAAGGGAGAACAUAAAAUAAAAGUGAUCUUAACAGGAAGCUGUUGUUUCCUUUGAGACCGAGUCAUUUUCGCAAAUCUUUCCAUCAUUAAAUGACAGGACAAGCCUCCACCUAUCCUCCACAUUGCAACUUUUUCUCGAGGGACUCGACAGCUGCGGUCUUCCCCACAAUACACUUUGCCCAAAACACAGCACGCUUAUGGGCUCCAGCAUAAGAUGUAUAGCAAAGUGGAGGAAAAGGCAAGCUCCAAAGACUCUCCUCAUUUUAUUCCUGGCCAUCAGUUUUAUCUACAGUUGGUUGCUGGUGGCUGAUAAACAACAACAACAACAUUUGAAUGGCAGCAAUGCAUCACUCCCAAACAAUAUCACCAUCCUGUUAUGGCACUGGCCGUAUGGCACCCAGUACAGCCUUGCGGGGGACGUGUGUCUGAGGGACUACGGCAUCUCUGGAUGUGUGCUAGUGGAUAAUCGCACUCUCUAUGAGAGCGCUGAUCUAGUUGUCUUUCAUCACUUUGAGCUGAAGCUGCAUAGACAGCACCUUCCUGUGCAUCUCCAUCGGCCCGCCAAACAGAGGUGGGUAUGGCUUUCUUUAGAAGCACCACAAAACAACGGCAACUUGUCACCAUACAACAACCUUUUCAACCUCACCAUGUCAUAUCACUCUCAUGCUGACAUCACUGUGCCCUAUGGGAAGCUGUUACAGAGAAAGAAACCAGGUCUAGACUUUGUUAUCCCACAAAACAAGAGUUAUGAAGCCUGUUGGGUGGUUAGCAACUACCAAAAACGGCACAAGAGGAGCGCAGUGUUCCAGGAGCUGAACAAGAACCUCAAUGUGCAACUGUUUGGCCUUUACGCUAGAAAACCUCUACCAAAGGAGGCACUGCUUCCAACGAUUUCACGCUGUUAUUUCUACCUAGCAUUUGAAAACACGCAGUCGCCGCAAUAUAUCACUGAGAAGCUCUGGAGAAACGCUUUCCAGGCUGGGACUGUGCCCGUGGUGCUGGGAUCGCCACGCAAAGACUAUGACGCCGUGGCACCUCCGCAUUCAUUCAUCCAUGUGGAUGAUUUUAAAUCUAUUAAGGCCCUAGCUGAGUAUUUGAGAGGCCUAACUAAAGAUCCAGAGAGGUACAAUGCAUAUUUCACCUGGAGGCAAGACUAUACGGUCAAAUUAUAUACAGACUGGAGAGAACGACUGUGCAACAUUUGUCCCAUCUACGGACAAUUUCCAACUCAAAAGGUUUAUGAGAAUUUAAGAGCAUGGACAAAAUGGUAGAUGACUUUUUAAUGGGCGAUUCACACAGAAUAUGUUUUAGCAUUAAAAAUAAGACACUGUCUGAAGUGUCUAUCUAAAAGUGGAAUUUCUUUUAGCUUGAGAGAUCUGGUUUUAGAACACUGUGUCAUUCGCAAAAUGCUGCAAAAGAUGAAAGACGAGAGUGCAUUGUUCAACAACGUUUAUCUAAUGCAAGCAUAUAAUAACUAGUGAAAAACAACAAAAUGCAAAAAUAAUAGGUCUAGAGACGCUUUUAAUUUUUAACUGAAUGGUUGCAUUUUUGGAACCUGUAAUGCUUUAAAAGUUGCGAGAUGCAAGCAUGGUUAAAGGUCAAAGAUGUCCAUCUAGAGCAUGUUUACCCGGGUGGGGGGGCAACGUGGUGGAAAGCAAAAAACAAACAGGGUUGUGCAAAAAAAAAAAGAACAUGUGAAGGAGGACUUAUCUUGCGCGCUGGGUGUUUAGAACAUGUCAUUGGUGAGAUGGUGCAGAAGAUUUGAGAGAAACAGUCAAAGAUGUCUAUUUGCGCAUGACAGAAAUACAAUAUAGAAAAGCAGCAAAAAUGCAUAAAACAAGCAACAAUGAAAAUCAAAGACUAUUUGAGAGCUGUUUUUAAAAGAAUGUCUCAUGCAAAAUGCGAACACAAAGACCUCUUGUCUAGCAUGUUUAAAUAGAAAAUCUGUGGAAAAACAAUGCAGCAAAAUGCAAAAGCAAGAGUCACAAGGUGAAAAACCAAAGUGUCAAAGGACCAUUUUUAGAACACUGUGCAGUAGAAUGUGAAAACAUGUUCAGUCACAUAUGAGCCAUUCACACAAUGCUUAAGUUUAAAAACAGGCAAAUGCUGAACAGUGCAAUUGUGGUGCUGGGGCAGUCUAAAUGCAUGCUUUUUUAAAAGUUGAACUUUUUAAAUUGGGGCACAUUUACAGUUGUGUGAAAUGCUAAAAAAUACAUGAAGACAGUGGGCAAAUGUUUUCAUCUAGCGCACACUUGCAUAGAAAAGCAAUGGGAAAGCAGUGCAGCAAAACAUUUUCCUUGUGAAUAGCCAAGCACUACACAGGUUACAUGAUGCAGUAUCUUAUUUGAAUUCAUACUGACAGCAUCAGCAGCACCAUUUGUGUAUCAACAAAUCGCUGAGCAUUCCGGUGCACGUGUGCAAGCAUAAAAAAAAACCAAGUUCUAUUGCUAACGAUGCUACUGGGGCCAUGGUGCCAAACUGAAACCACAAUGUGCAAACCUUGCUUCCUCUCCUGUCAACAUGUCUAUAUAUCCUGUGUACAAGGAAUCUUGAAGGACGGAAUAAAUAUUUGCAAGCAAACCA